AUGUUAAAGCAAUAUCAGCUGUCGGAUGCGUUUCACAGAGGCCGCAUAAUGGAACUUCAUAAAGCAGGUAGCUCACUUGGACGCAUUGCGCAGCAUUGGUCAAAGAAAUGUGACCAUUACAACAGUGGCAAGAACGCGCGCGCCAUCCACGGGAAGAGUCUGUCCGAAGGGUUAAAAGGGGGCGGGUUUGUGUGCUUUCGCCACGCGCAUUUUGCCCUUCUGGACGGCCUGCCCAUCGCUUGCAGGCGCCCAACAACUCCGCUCCCUUUUUCAGCUCCUGAAAACGCCAUACAAAAGCUGGGAAGAAGGAAAGUGUUCGAACGCUGGCUAUAUGGUCAAGGAAGAAUGAAAUCGUAUUUAAAUGCCCUAGUCCAACAAAACAGGAAUAAAGGAGCCUAUAGCACGUAA